AAAUUUGUUUCAUCUUCAAUAGGUGGAGAUAUACGGCCAACGGCCUAAUUCGUGCCACAUCAUUUUCGCCCUCAAACUCCAUAGAAAAUUCGCGCUCGAGCAUAGUAAGCGUCGACACUAAGAAUGGUUGGUCUGACACUCUGUGUGUACAGUAUAAGGCAGAACGACACUACUACAUGCGCGCGACGCUUCGUCACACACAGUUCGUUAUAGUGACCGCGCUCGAAAAGUGUGUAAAGGGGAAAUAAUACAUACAUACGGCGCUCUUAUAUGAGAACGAUCUGUGUGACGAGGUGUCAGAUGAGCGUCGUACUUAUGUAUUAUUUCUCCUUUGCACACUCUUCGAGCGCGGUCACUAUAACGAACUGUGUGUGAUGAAGCAACGCGCGCAUGUAGUAGUGUUGUUUUGCCUUAUACUGUACACACAGAGCGUCAGACUAUAGCUGUGCCAUAUUCGUAUCUUAAUAACCAUCCUAAUAAUUUUUAGAGAUUAUUGAGAUCCGAUCAUAAUACCGAUAAAUCUUAAUAACGCUAUCAACUUUUUAUCAGGUUAUUAACUAUAUUCAAAUAAUAACGCUACCGGAUGAAUCUUAAUAAUAUCAUUUUGAAGUUAUUAAGAUCGAAUCCUGAUAAUUUAUCAACAUUCAAUCUUAAUAAUCAUCAAGUUCUGGAAGUGGGUUUUGGUGGACCCUCAGGAUCGACCAGAACUGCUCCCAGUUCUGAAAGUGGAUCUUCAGGAUGUACCAGAUCCGGUUUGACACUGCCCUUGGCCCAUCCUGAAGAUCCACUUCCAGAACUGGGAGCAGUUCUGGUCGAUCCUGAGGAUCCACCAAAACCCACUUCCAGAACUUGAUGAUUAUUAAGAUUGAAUGUUGAUAAAUUAUCAGGAUUCGAUCUUGAUAACUUCCCAACGAUAUUAUUAAGAUUCAUCCGAUAACGUUAUUAUUUGAAUAUAGUUAAUAUCCUGAUAAAAAGUUAAGAUUCCAUCAUAAUAACGAUAUCGAACGAUAUUUUUAGUUUAUUACGAUAUCUUGAUAAAAAAAAAUCGUGAGCACAGCUAUAAGUGUCGACGCUUACUAUGCUCGAGCGCGAAUUUUCUAUGGAGAAAGUAAUGCAUUCAACGAACACUAUGUUUGAAAAUAUGAAAUUGUAAUAGAUUAAUACAGUUAUAGCUAAACAGAAUAUUUUAGAUGAAUUUUCGAUUUAAUAUUGUAAUAACUUUUCAAUCAACAUGUUGAGGAACUUCAACCUUUGUCAAUAAAAUCAUAAAACACGUCGAGUUUUGUUUUCCAUUCACCAUUGGAUUUAGUUUUCCUCUAAUACAAUAUAACCUAGACUGAAGGUCUGCAUCUUUAAUACACAAUUAAAUUAAAAAUUGGACUUGAGCCACAAUCGAAUCUCAGCAUUUAACAAUAAAAUGUUCGCCAACAACACGGUCUGAAAAUGUUAUCGUUGAAAUGUUGAAUCACCAAAAUCCAUUGAGUAAAACGAAUACGAAGAGCUACGAAAUAAUUUCAGUGUACAUAAAACGUCAGGAUGUCUUCAGCCAUUAGCAUAUAUGAGCUAUUCCAAUAUUGUUAAAUUAGAAUAAAUGUAGCAUAACUCGUUUCAUGGAUGACUUUCAAAGAAUAUUCAAUUUAAACAAAGAAAGACAAACUGUUGAUAAGUAAGUUUAAGAUUCGCACUCCGUAUCAGUCUCCAUUUGCAAAGAAUAAAGUUCAAGAUUCCAUUUUUUAAUUAGUUUAUAUAUUUUUCAUCCAAAGUGAUCCAGAAAUAACUGAGUGCAAUGCACUCAAUGCACGUCCAGUUGUAUAUAAAUCGUUAAAAUUUGAAUUGCUUCAAUUCAGUGUGCAAUAUUCAUCUAUGAUAUGAUCCAGACGUAACCUUCACUUUGACCUGCUUACCAAACAUACGUUUUUGGAUCAUUCAAAAACGUAUAUUUGCUGCUUGCACAAAAAAACGGUAUCCGUCACGAUUAUAUAUUCGCAAAACAUCUAGGCGAAGUUCUUGUUUUGAAAGGAUGUAAUUCGGAGUGUUGGUGGAAGAAAGUGUGACUUUGUACUGAGAAAAAAAAAAACUUGAAAUUGUUUUCAUUUGUGAUUUUUGAAUGCAUAGCCCACACAAUGGUGAUGCAUUCCGUCAAAUAAACAGCAUUUAAUAUAAUGAUUAGUGUUAAUUUGCUUCAGUUUACUAGUGAUUGUCAAACCAUUCGAUUGUUUAAUGAGAAAUUUAAACUUAAGUUGCAAAAAUUGGUGAAAAUGAACAUUCAUUUAGUUUUAUUCGCUUCAGCUCUGUUAACAGUUCAAGUGUUUGCGGAGUUAACACAAGCUCCUCAUCAUAUGAAGUGAAUAUGUUUUCGGAUGCUUCAUACUUACACAGACUUAAUUUGUCGCACAAUGAAAUUAGUGAAAUACCUUCAUUUUCAUUUUACAAACACAAGAAAUUGAAUGAAGUCGAUUUGUCGUAUAACAAGAUCGAAAUUGUUGGAAAUUAUGCAUUCGCGGGUGAUUUACUUGAAUUAUUAGACUUGUCACACAAUCGAUUGAAGACAUUAAGUGCAGACAUUCUUCCAACGCACUUGAAUCAAAUGAAAUCACUUAUAAUUGGAAACAAUCAAUUGCAUGAACUGAUUGGAUUCAACAACUCGCGUAUUUCAAACAUGACAAUUGUGGGCAUCGACAGUAAUCAAUUCAAUUGUUCAUAUUUGAAUACUUUAACCCAGUUGAUCAGCAAGAAUUUGGACUCAAAUUUACAUCAACUCGACUGUGAUUUGGUCAAUGUGAGAACAGCACCAGUUACCAUGAUGACGAGAAUUUUUACGACCACAUGGAGAGAAAUGCUGGAGGAAAAAUUUUCGACAACAAUGUUCACCACCGAGUCGAACACAACAUCAACUCAUCUACCGCCAACAACACAGACUUAUCCAUCGCCAACACAAGGCCCACCCAAAAGUGUGAUAAGAACGACGAUGAAAAUAAUGAAAACGACGUUGAUUGAUCUACCAAAAGCAACAACAACAUGGAAAGAAAAGGUUCUACCAAGUAAAGAAUACGGAAGCAAUGGCUCACAUGAUCAAAAACUCGAUAUCAAACAUGAGGACUUCCAUAAAUUUAUAUUGACUGUCUUAUUAAUCAAUACCGUGGGUUUGAUCAUCAUUGCAAUCGUAUUGGUUUCAUAUUUUUUACGGAAAAAAAGUUUGAAAAGAGGCCAUUUCACGGAAGUUGUUUAUCGAGUAAAUAUGGCUGAACAACAAAAUUCCUCUUGAACGAAUACGAAGUGAUUUGUUUCAUUAAAUGGAAAUAAUUGGACUCUGAGAAAAGUAAUAGCUGGAGAUAUACAGCCACCGGACUAAUUAGUGCUACAUCAUUUUUGCUUGAUUUUUUUAUUGCUUCAAAGUGACGCCACGAACACAAUGUUUGAAAAUGUGAAAUUAUAAUAGAUUAAUAGCCAGUUAUAGCUAAGCAGAAUAUUUUAGAUCAAUUUUCGAUCAUAAGUACGUCAUAAAGUCAAUAAUAUAGUAAUAAUUUCGAAAAGUAUCGCUUUUGCGCGUACCCUACGCCAUUUCAAUUAGAAGCCAAUAACGAAAAGUGUGUUUUGAAAAAGUUGUUACGCAAAAGCGGGACAUCACAAUUGUUGAUUUUUAAAAUGACACUGCAUAAAACAUACGCGACAAAAGCGAUAUUUCUCGAAAUUAUACACAGAGUUUUUAAUGUUGCACAUUGAAUGAGUAGAAAUAUGAUGUCCCGCUUUUGCGCACCAACUUUUUCAAGAAUCGUAUUUUGAAAAAACGUAGCAACGUCCAACGAAUAUUCUCAGCAGUUCAAAUAUAAUCUUUAUCAAUUCCAUUAUGCAUCAUCCCCAAUUAUUAAUUGGUAUUUACAUUGAUUAAUGCAAUGUGUGAUAAGUAAAUAACUUGGGCAGAGUUACGGAUUCGUGUUUCAAAUCUGUAAACUUUGAACGAAAACGAAAUAAGCAAAUAAAUGAAAGUGAUGUUGAUAAAA